AAAAAAAAACUUGCUUGUCAAACUAUUUCAUAUCUGUAACAAAAGGAAAUUCAAUCAUAACAACUUUAAAUAGCUAUCACAACAUUAUUUAACAAUAUGUGGAUCUUUUUUUAUUUUGUAUUCUUGGAAGCUAUGGAAGUUAAAAAUGAAAACAGUAUAUGCGUUAGGAACAUUACUAUUAUUGUUUACAUUCUUCAAAAUGGUUUAAGAAAGUGUUUCAUCUACCUAAAUUUAAGAGAAAAGUCACUUCGCACUACGUGACAGCAGGUGGCAGUGUGCACUCUAUAAAGGAUUACUAGCAACCUUUUCAGAGAAGAAGACGUAACCGCUAGCAUCAGCAGUUUACAUUAUGCAAGGUAUUUGGCAUUAGUGAAGCUCCAUUCACUGCUGUAAAACAACAAAUGCUGGAAUGUUUUCAUCAGCUUACACAUAAAGAAAAUUAGAGAACACCGAAAAAACAUCGAAAACAUGAAUGAACCCUGCAGUAUAAAACUAGAAGAGACCGAACAACAAAUAGACCCGUUGAAAGACGAUGAGAAGAUUGAAGAACUGAUUAAAUCAGAGAAGGACCAUACUGACGUUAAAACCGAGGAGAAAUCCUCUUUGCAAAGUACAGCAAAGAUAUCCUUCACCUGUCCUCAGUGUGGAAAAACUUUCCCAUGCGAGCAAAAUCUCAAUCUUCACAUGAAAUUUCACAGGGGAGCGAAGCCGUUUGCGUGCGAUAAGUGCGAGAAGAUCUUCACACUAAAAGCAAACCUUAACGAACACAUGAAAACCCACACGGCUGUACAGAUGCCGUUCACAUGCGUUCAAUGCAGGAAGAUUUUCAUGCUGAAAGAAAGCCUCUCCGAACACAUGAAAAUACACACUAAGGAAAAGCCGUACACAUGUGAUGAGUGCGGGAGGAAGUUUAAACACAAGGGCACUCUUACUGAACACAGAAAAAUCCACACCGGAGAGAAGCCGUAUGAAUGCGAGAAGUGCGGGAAGAAGUUUAGGCAUAAAGGAAACUUUAACGAUCACGUGAAAAACCACACACGAAUCAAACCCUUCUCUUGUGAUCAGUGCGGGAAGUGUUUCAGACUCAAAGAUAACUUCGAUGACCACAUGAAAGUCCACACCGGAGGGAAUCCACAUACGUGUGCUCAAUGCGGGAAGACGUUCAAACAGAAACAUGUUCUCAAUGAACACCUGAUAAUCCACACCGGAGAAAAGCCUUUCACGUGCGAACAGUGCGGGACGAGUUUCACAAGAAAACGCAACCUUGCUGAUCACAUGACAAUCCACACUGGAGAAAACCUGUAUGCUUGUGAUCAGUGUGGGAGGAGUUUCAGACAGUCGAGAGUGUUAAAAGAGCAUUUGCGGACUCAUUCUAGCGAAAGACCGUUUAACUGUGACCAGUGCGGUAAGAAGUUCUUCAAGGCGGACGCCCUGAAGGAGCACCUGACAGUUCACACACAGGAGAAGCCGUAUGUGUGCUCUUUCUGUGCAAAGGCUUUCAGGCUGAUUGGUAAUUUGAAAAUACACGAGAAAACACACACCGGUCAAAGGAAUCACAUUUGCUCUGAAUGCGGGAAGACUUUUUUUACUGUGUCCGCACUGACUCUGCACACCAGAGUUCACACUGUUGGAAAACCGUAUAAAUGUUCACACUGUGACAAGACGUUUAAACGGCCGGAAUGUCUGAAAAUACAUUAUAGGGUUCACACUGGAGAGAGGCCAUAUCACUGUCGCUCAUGUGGGAAGAGGUUCAUUUAUUUGUCUAAUCUGCAUCAGCAUUUGAAAGCAGCAAAGUGUAAGAAAACACAAUAGCUCUGUCUCAUUUCAGAGGAUGCAUCCUUCGAAGGAUGCAUUCGAAGUGCGCUCAUUUCUAAAAAAAUUCAAAGGCUCCUUUAAACGCAGCCUCCAAAUGCAUCCUUAGUUUCCCAGAUAAUGGACACAACCGGUGGAUCCUUCUCCUGUCCCAAGAUUCCAAUAUGCUGUCAAACUGAAAUCAAAAAGAGGUAACCCAACCAAUUGUAUGAAGACAGACCCAACUAUAUCAGUCCUUUUGGAAUUCGUAUGAAACCCCACCUGAAGAAUAUGGGUGUUACUAUGGAAAAGCUUUCACACUCCUUGGUGCAACUCAAAAAUAAGAAUCUUAUGGAACUUAACAAAACAGAAGAAGUUCUCCACUCACCCAAAUGAAUACAAACAAGAAGUCAAACAAAUAACAGACAGUCUCCCUCAUCAUGAAACCAUAUAUACAGAUGGAUCGAAAACAGAUAAAGGAGUAACAGCAGCAGUAGUGUUUAAAUAUGAUGUCUUUGGUACUCAGAUUUCAGGAGAAAGUUCAAUUUACACAGCAGAAGCGUAGCAAUAAAUAUGGCUUUAUAACAAAUGGACAGGACACAGCAUCAUAACUUUUUAAUCUGCACAGAUUCCCAAAUUCGGUCUUCCAGCACUCAAAGCUUCUAAGUGUGAUCACCACAUAAUGUCCAUGAUUGUAAAGAAAAUGAAAACACUGUAAAGUCAGAAGUUCAACAUUAUCUUCUGUUGGAUUUCAGGUCAUAUGUGACUACAUGGAAUGAUGGCAGAUGAAGCAGCAAAACAGGCUAUCUCCUUGAAUGUGACCGAAUGUUUAAUUCCUCCUGAGGACUUGAAACCCACUAUCAAUUUGUACAUAAACAAAGCAUGGCAAAGGGAAUGGGACAACUGAAAAAAUAAUAAUUUACAUGAAAUUAACCCAAAAAUAAAUAAAAAACAUUUAGCAAAUUAUCAUUUUGAGACCAGGCAUGAUCAGAUGGUCGGUUGACACAUUUAUAUUUACUGAAUAAUGAAGAAUCACCUAUAUGUAAUUUCUGCCAGGCUGAUCUUACCAUCAAACAUAUUUCUUUGGAAUGUAGAAGUUUAAAUUCCAUUUGACAAUUUAAGGAGAGUACUUUGAUGGACAUUUUUAAAAAUGUACCACCAGGAAGAGUUUUAAAUUAUUCAUCAAAAAUUAAACUGAAAAAUCAUAUUUAACUUUGAAUACAUUUUUGAUUAUAAAUCAUUGACUUCUGCUGUCUUUGUUAGUUUUAAAAACACUGAUUUCUACACAUCUUGUAAAUGCGUUUUUGCAUAUCUUUCUUUUCUUGGCAUAUAGAGUAAGCCACUGCACUGUUCUGGUCUAUAGCAUGCUUGGAUGUUGAUGCAUAAAUUACUUGUUUUUCAGAUGUUUAAUGAAUUGUGGACUUAUCAGGAGCUUUUGAUUGUAGUGGGUUCUUUUCUGCUAGAAGAGAAAAAAAGUAUAAAAAAAUUGUUGCAAAUUAACACAUUAAAAUCGUACAGGAAUGGUAUAACAAAAAACUUUAGCGGUUUUAAAACCUUGACUUUUCCAAACUGGUAAACCUUAAAAAACUGUUAUGGUCCCAUGCCUGGCUCAGUUACUGGUCCAAAAAAAAAAAAAAAAAAAAAAAAAAAAAAAUGAAAAGCAGUUACUUUAUCUAAUUUGUUGUCAUUUGUUGAUGUGUAGCAUAUGAAAUGUGUAAAUAUGAUACCUAUUGUAAUUUCUAUUUAUUCAUCUCAAUCAUAUAAAAACAGAUAUUUAAUUAAUUUUAAUCGUACAAUUUUUAAUGGAGCUCUGAAAAUUUGUUUUGAUCUGAGCUUCAACUUUACAGAUUUAACAUUUCCUUAAGACAGAGGUUUUCCACUUUUUCUGUAAAAGAGUUGUAAAUGUUUCAAAAAUAUAUGCGUUUAUAUAUUUUAGCAAGUAAGCCCAUCAUGUAUGAAAAAAGUGACUUUCCUUUAUGCCAUACUUUAUUUUUUAAAAGAAAUGUCACAAGAUUGUAAUAUUUUUAAAAGUAACUUUCCCCAACACUAAUAAACUUUAACAUAUAUUAAACUCUUCUUAUUGUUAUCAGUACCAAGGCUCCACAAUCUGUUUAUAGAGAAAUUGAAGAAAAAGCACUUAAGAUGUACGAGUUUUUUGUUUGUUUGUUUUCUAUUCUUGUAGAUAUGAAUUCACAGUAACAUAAAAUUAAACUAUUAAGAAGACACUUAAUAACUGUAAAUAAAUUUAAAGAGCUUCAUAUGAACUCAAAAUGCAUUGUUUCUGUCAUUUAUCUACACAUGAAAUAAAAAUAAAAUAUAUUAUUUUCAUAAA